AUGGGGUGGAAUCAACCACUGGGCACGCAAACCGACAAAGUGCGCCCCUCGCCGAGGAAUGGAAACAUCCGAACGGUUACAUGUGCGUCGUUCUGGGCCGUACAUAUACGUACCUGCCGCGCCUACGUGUACGGUACCUACACUGAAUACCGCGUAGGGCACUACAUGGAAUGGAAUGAUCACGGAGAUUCACUCCGAGUGCAACUCAACGCUCUGGAGGUGAUGAAUGGACGUUUUCUGAGACACACAGCAUCGUGUCAGCCAAACAGACGUACCAAAUCUGCCAGUCAACCAUGCUUGCCGCGAGUGUCCAGCAGAGCCAAGAAAAUGAUAAAAGAAGAAAAGAAAAACGCCAUCUCUGCGAAAGAUUACCGUGACGGCUUUCGACCAAGCGAAAGGGUGCCCGCCACUGGUGGUGGCGGCGCACUACGCAAAGGUAGUGUGACGGCGAUGGGAGCUUUUCCGAUUCGUAACAAGCCUCUUCAGAUAUCGAAAGGUCUUUUGGUCCAGAGCAAAUAUCAGAUCCCCAUAUCAGCGUACCGGAGCGCCAUGCACACUCCCGUUUGCACACCUCUAUUGCUCGCCAAGCUCGGCAAGAUGCACACCGGUGUCGUCAAGGAGCAUAGGACCGUCAUCAUGGCACAAGACUUAUGCUUUCAAGAAACGACACCAUCACAUGAACCGGACUAUUUCCUGUCUGAGGGCGUCUGGAGACUCCGAACAUCUAGUAACGUGAAAAAAUGUUCCCAAUGGGGAUGGGCGAUGUCCAACGUUCUAUUUAGGGGUUCCUGGCUGACGGUCAGCCUGAAAUCAAUAACUAGGUCACUUAAACGGACACCGCCGCUCGCGCCCUCUUCUCCCGUAUUCGCUUUUCGAACAUCCAAGUGA